AUGAGAGGCCUUGAUAGACUUGACAGGCGCAUUAGACCCUAUUUAGAGAAAUCCAAGUAUGAAACUUGGGCAAGAUCAUACUCACCAACAAAAAGAUACACCAUGAUGACAUCCAACAUCGCAAAAUCGCUCAACACUGCAUUAAAAGCUGCAAGAAAUCUCCCUAUUGAUAUCUUGGUUGAAUGCCUUAGAAGUUUGGUUCAAAAGUGGGUUUGGAACAACUCAAAUAAUGCAAACGGAACAUUCACUAAAGUCUCUACAGCAACAGGAAAUGAGUUAAGACAUGACAUUGUCUUUCCUUUCAACCCAAUAGAAUAUCAAGUUCGUGGUGAAAAGGGGACUAAUUUCACAGUAAAUAUACACAAUAGAACAUGUACUUGUAAUAGGUUUCAAGAAGAUGAAAUGCCUUGUGGGCAUGUAGUAGCUGUAAUUGCAAAGAGGAACUUGGGAGUGUAUGAUUACUGUGCAAAGUUUUACAAAACAGAAACGUUGAAAGCAUUGUAUUAA